AUGACCCGCACUUCCGCGAUGGCCUCCCUGUGCUGCUCUUCGGGUGCUACCACCCGGAUUCUUUACCUUUCACUUUUCCUUUGCUUCCUCGCCGUCGCCUCUGAUGGGGCCUCGGUGACUUACGCGUCCAAGUUUACCCGUGGCGACGUCAUGGCGACCGGGACGUGCCAUCCCAACGCGCUCGAGGUCAAAUUGACGAUCCCUGCGGGAUAUGCCAUUUUGGGCUCGUCCUUUGUUCUCCGCGUCGGCUAUCCCGACGCAACGGCCCUGUUCAACAUCGACGGCGAAUGCGACCUCAGCCCUGCCGGAUGCAAUGCCGACACUUCGUCGCUCGUCAUGGAGAAUGCUGUUGCCGCCGGUACCGCCGUCUACACGGCCUCCGGCGACAUCCAAACGUUUGCCACUGUCGCCGCGCCAUUUAUGGCACCGGAGUUUGACUCGGCCGGCGUUCCCGUCCUCGACCCGGCGACGGGGCUCGAUCCGGCCAACCAGCAGCCACGCGAGGCGACCUUUACUGUCUCUGUCGACCCGUUCACUCUUGUGGACCUUAACUCGGGUGCGACUCAGCAGCAUGCCGGCUUCUCCGAGGAUGUCAUCAUCAACCUCCGCCCCAUGCUCGCCGGCAUGUCCGUGCCCAUCGAGACCGACUACUCGGGCUCGAUCGCCGCAGGCGUCGGCUGGCUCACCCCGCGUGACCUUGUUGCUUGGACCUCGACCAACGUCAUGUCCGAGUACUUUGCCAUCAAGGAUAUCGAGGUCCUCGAGUUCAACGUCCACGACGGCACCACGCCCAACACUGCCGGCAAGCUCCGCGCGCCGGACAUCAACGGCAACUCGCCCAUCGACAUCACCCAUCCCUACGACUACUCGGACGUCGGGAACGAUGCCAACCCAGCAACGUCGGGCACGAGCUCCACUUACCGCUCCGUCUUUGGCGAGCUGCAGGGCUGCGAGUCGGCCGCGAUCAUCUCGUACGCCAACGUCAACGAGCUCUUCACCGACACCCGCCUCAACACCGACCCAACUCUCGUCACCGGCGACUCAAUCACCGCUGACUCUGUUUGGCGCGGCACCAUCAUCGGCUACAAUCCUAACAAGCUCGUCGCCGCCGCCGCCACGGGCCGGCCCAUCAAGCCCAAGCCCAUCACCCUCGAGGUCGUCGCCGUCAACUCGGCCGACUGCCCGUGCGGCACAAACAACCCGGUCCACAUCGGCGACAUCGUCACCUACGAGAUGCGCUACCCGCUCAUCUCUACCGACUAUGCUGCCCUUGAGCUGACCCUCAACGUCCCUUCGCCGCAGCACGAUGUGACCGGCACCACCUACUCGGGGCCGACUCCGAUCGCUACCUAUCCGGCGCCCAAUGUCUGCACCCCAGCCGCAGACUCGGCCGCGACCCAGAUCAUCGGCUCGCCGUCACUUGCGGUUGACUCGGGCGCCUCACAGCUGACCUUUACCUUCCCCCCGCACUCGGACAUGGACUCGAUCUACCGCGAAAUCGUCAUCCGCUGCUCGUAUACUGUCGUCGACGUCACCGGCACCGACCUCGACACCUUUUCAGCCACCGACGGCGCGCUCGAGAACUCCAUCUUUGCCACCUCGGACGCCGACCUCAUCGCCGUCCGCCAGCCACUCAUCAACUUUCUGGGAACAGGCCUCCUCAGUGCCUCCUCCAGCAGUGUCACGGCCACCUGCUCCUCAUGCCCGGCUAGCGACUGGCUUGACGCCAUGACCGUCAACUUUUGCGAUCCGGCCUCGCCCUCGGCCACCACCGUCGCCAUUUCGCCACCGAUCACCUCGCCCGUCGCUGCCUCGGUCUCGGGCAUGGACGGCUCGGACAUCGUCCGCCUCUCCGCCGCCUACAAGAACGUCCAGUCGGGUAUCGCCCACAACGUUGUCCUCCAUCUCAACCUUGACACCACCUGUUACGUUCAGCGGCCCGGCCCCUGUGGGCUCUCACUGACGGUCACCGACGGCGCGGGCUCGCCGCUCGCCUACACCCUUGCCGCCGAGUCGGAUCUCUUCAGCACUAACUCGCCCGGCCUCAUCGUCCACGCUGUCCCAGGCGAUGGCGUCGCAAUCAUCGCAUUCGACGUCGAGAUCGCCGCUACCGUCGAGUCCGGCACGGUCUGCGCUGCGCCCACGGCUCCGCCCAUGUGCUACCUCGGCCACUUUACCUCGCCGGUCCCAAGCUCGUGCCGCCUCUCGCCGGCCGCCACCGCCGCUGAGCUCACCGUCGCCGUCCCGAAGCUCGACACCCUCGACAUCACCACCUCGUUCGACUACACCAACAAGGCCUCGGAUCGCGUCACCCGUGACGAUCUCGCCCCGUGCGAGACCGUUGUUCUCACCUACACGGCGACGUUCCCCGAGGGCAUCUCGCCCGACGCCUCGUUUACUCUCGACUCGGAGGCGCCCGGCGAGUUUGUCAUCGAGUCCGUCACCGUCACUUCGCCGGCGCUGACCUGGUCUGGAGCCGCCGCCGUGCUCUCCAACUCGAACUCGGAGGCCUCGAUCAACCUCGGGACGAUCGUCAACACUCCGGACAACAUCGUCACAGCUGCCGACACCAUGACCUUUGUCGCCACCCUCCGCGUCGAUGGUGGAAGCAUGGACGCUGCUGACCUCAAGUCGCGGUUCCGCACCACCGCUCGCAUCGUCCUCUCCAACGGCGUCAACAUCCGCCGCCGCAACUGGUUCGACGUCGUCCAUCCCGUUCUCAACGUUGAGCUCGGCACCUCGCCGACCGUCAUCGUAGACGCAGGCGAUGCCGCCGUCUUCAACGCCCGCAUCACCGUGCCGUCGUCGGCGCACACCGACACUCUCGAUGGCGUCGUCACCCUUGCUGUCCCCGACCUCUUCAUCGCCGACUUUUCCAGUGCCACCUCCUCGGGCUCGCACACGCCGAUCUCCACUACGGUUGUCGAUGGCAACCUAGUCGUUGUCCUCCCGCAGCUCGCGCCAGGCGCCGACCUCACCAUCUCCAUCCCAGGCUCCAUCCCCACGACAGCGCCGUCGGGAUCGACUCUCACCUUUACCGCCGCACGUACCUUUGCUUCGACUGCCGGCACGACCGCUGCCGGCUGCUACCACGACUACAGCCCGGCGCCUGUGAUCAUGAACCGGGUCCUGGCCUCGCCCGUUGCGGCCCUCACGCUCGAGUCCGGCUGCCUCGACGCUCUGCCGACGAUUGUCCCGUCCGAGGCGCUCACCUACCACAUGGCAAUCACCCUUCCCGAGGGCGUCAACUACAACCCGACCGUCUACCUCGGCGCUACUGGUCCGCUGACGCUUGUCUCGGCAGUGGCGACGCUCGCCAACGGCUCGCCCAUGACCAACGUCAACCUCAGCCCGGAGGCAGCGGCGGCCAACGCCGUCACGCUCCCGCUGUUCGACUCGGCCUCGCCGCCGGCGGUGACCAACCCGCCCGACAACAUCGACACUGAUGGCGACAUCAUCACCAUUGUCGUUACCGCUGUCGUUAAUCCGGGCGCUUCGCGCGGCGACGUCGUCACGCUCCUCGCCAACUACGCGUACUCGCCGGCCUCGGUCUCGGCUACGCCGGUCGCCACGGAAGUCAACCUCGCUCGGACAGUCUCGGCGCCGCUGCUCACCUUUUCGUCGUUUGUGGAAGCCGACGCCUCGAUCGCUGCCGGGCCGCACGAGGCCGGCGACACGGCGACCUGGGAGCUGGUCCUCGAUCACGAUGCCAGUGCGACAAACGCUGCGGUCACCGCCCACGACGUGGUUUACACCGUGGUGACCCCUCCAGGCCUCGAAAUUGCAGCUGCCUCGUGUACUCAGGCGACAGACGCCUCGCCGGCUCCGCCGGUUGCGGUCUCGGCCGUCGUCUCGCCCGCCAACGUCCUCACCGUCUCGACCGACGCUCUCGGCGUCCUCGACUCGAUCACAUGCGAGCUCUCGUAUGUUCUCCCGGACUCGGUCGAGAUCGGCGGCGUUUAUCCGCUCGCCGCCGUUGUUGCUGGCACCUACCAACCACGGAGCUCGGCACCGUCAGCUCCUGCCUGUCUCCCGGCUUACACGCCGCCAUCAUACGCCGUCAACGCCGGUGCUGCCGCCGCGGUGACCAUCAAGGCCUUGCCUGCUGGUGCCAUCGUGGUCUCCCCGAGCUGCGUCGGGCAGGGUUUCACCCUCGCCCAUGAGCUGCUCUCGAUCACACUCAGCGUUGCCCUCCCGCGCGGCACGCUCACAGCCUCUGCCCUCGAUCUCAUCUUUGAUGGCGCACCGUUCCUCUUCGCCUCCCCAUCGGCCAUCCUUGACGUCAACGUCGCCAACGGCGCGCAGGGCGUCCCGCUCUCGCUCCCGACCUCGGAGGUGCUCUCGGCCACGCUCCCGCUUGGUGAGCCGAACAUGGUCAUCGUCUACGGCGCGGCCGACACCUCGUCGUCGGGUACGAUCACCGUCUCAUUCACUGCCAUGGCCCAGUCGACCGUUCAGUUCCCGCUGGAGGCCUGGCCCAUCCGGACCGACGACAUCACCAUUGAUGCCGCACUCGACUACACGACCACCACCGCCCAGCCGGCCGUGACCGCGGACUUUGAUGCUGUCGUCCUCGAGCCCGCCGGACCUCUCCUCACGCUCACCGCCGGCUCCAACAUUGUGGCCGAUGGGCUUCUCGGCGUUGCCGGCGACAUGGUUAUCAACCUGGUCAUUGCCAACGCGGAGAGCGACUAUCCCGGUGUCGGCGCCGACAUUGUGGCGCAAGACCUGGUCCUCAGGGUUGAUCUUGACACUGCUGGCCUCCUCACCCUCCUGCCGGGCUCGGUGAGCGUGAGCGUCGAUGCCGCUGCGAUCCUCGACCUGAGUGUGACGUCCAUCGCCGGCAGCGUCGAGAUCACGCUUGGGGCCUCGCGGACCAUUGCGCUUGGUGAGCAGAUGGCAGUGAGCUUCACCCUGGUCGACUCUUCCGGAAACGGUUGCCAGACGUGCAGCUGGCCGGCGAUCAGCGCGCAGCUCUCGUACCGUCCGGGUGGCGCGUGCUCGAGUGUCGAUCAGGGUCGCGCGCUCACCGCCCACUCGGGCCCGGUUCUCGCGCCUGAGCUGCCGAGCACGCCGGUGGCCGGUGUAGCCUCGGUUGGAUGCUACGAGUACGCUGUGCUCGAGGGCAACAGCGUGAGUGCGAGUUGUGGCGGCCUGGCUUCGACGCCGCUCCCGCUCGGGUGUGGCUGGGAGGUUGCGCCAAACAAUGGAUCGACGUACCACGCUAUGCAUGAGCUGCUGUGCGGCGGCGGCGCGACGCCGUCGUGUGCCUUUGGCGCCAGCUGCCUCAUUCUUGCCGAUGGCUCCGGAAUCACGCCGGAUGGCACGCCGUGCGCGACCGACGCCCUCGUCACCACGCCCAACCUGGUCGGCGCCUGCGGUGCGCCGACGCUGGUGAGCACAACCGCAAGCGGCGGGCGCGUCCUCAUUCGCCGCAAGUCAUCGGCGUGCUCGACUUCAUGCGCGGCGCCUAUCCGCGACUUUAACCUCAUCAAUGCCGGUUCGCCGAAGCUUGCGCUCGGCAUCGAGCUUGCAGCCGGCGUCACCCUCGACACGCCCAGCGCGUGGUCGGCCAUUGCUGGCGCGUACGACCUGCAGCGGUCGCUGCCGGCGCUCAAGCUGGGCGCCGGAGCCUCGCUCUCCUUUACCGUCAACAUCCUAGACCUGAUGGUGGAGCGCCACGGCGGACGGCUGGUCAUCCCGUUCUCGACGGCGGUGCCCGAGUCGUUCUCGGCCGCGGUCUCGUUUGACGGCGGUGUGCCGAGCGUUGUGACUGGCUCGGCCUCGACCGAGCUCAACAUUGCCAUCCCGUCGGGAACGUCGACGCUGGGCGUGACGCUCACGCUCGACUCAAGCGUGAGUGGCAAUGUGUACAUCCCGGGCGUGGCUCUCGCGCCAGCGCUUGUCCGCGCAGUAGCGGCGACAAACCCGGACGUGUGCCUUGAUCCCGACGCCGAGGCCUUUAACUGGUGA